GAAGGAGAGCAGGAGGAGAAAGAGGAAGAAGAAGAAGAGGAGUAAGAGGAAGGCGAAGAAGAAGAAGUAGAAGAAGAAAAAUAAAAACAAGAAGAAGAAGAAGGAGAAGAAGAAGAGGAGGAGGAGGAAGAAGACAUGGGAAGUCUGGGGCAGCUGCGGUAGCAUUAUUAGUCCAACACGAAGCAUCCGAGUCCGCGGAUCCCAAUUGGGUCGAGCCGCACCUGCACCAACCGCACCUGUCAUGUCGGCGACCGCCUCGUCGUCCGCGGGACGUCACCGACGUGCACCGCGGUAACUUUGAGGACAUCUGGGGAGACUCGCCAUGCAUCUUCCUCCGGGCACCAUCGUCGUCAUCAUCCCGCCAUGAGGCCAGCAUGAGCAGCUGCAGAUUCAACGGCGGCGUCAUGCGGCCGCUCAGCCACCUGAGCUCGUCCCGCAGGAACGUACACGAGUUCGAUUCCGAGUCGCAGCCCCUGCAGCCUCUCUCGGCCGGGGACGCGUCGGACGUUUUGGCGGCUUCCAAGCCGGAGAACCACGCGGCUGCGCGCAUGCAGUACGCGUCCGGCGACGGAGGCGGGGGCUGCGGCCAUGGCGGCGGCGGGAAGUCGGGCAAGAAGAAGAACCAGAACAUUGGCGAGAAGCUCGGCCACAGGAGGGCCCUGUUUGAGAAGCGGAAGCGGCUCAGCGACUACGCUUUGAUCUUUGGCAUGUUUGGCAUCGUUGUUAUGGUCGUAGAGACGGAACUGUCAUGGGGGGCCUACGGAAAGGAGUCCCUGUAUUCAUUAGCGCUAAAAUGCCUGAUAAGCCUUUCUACCAUCAUCCUCCUGGGACUGAUCCUCAUCUACCACGCAAGAGAGAUCCAGUUGUUCAUGGUGGACAACGGUGCAGACGACUGGAGGAUCGCCAUGACAUACGAGCGCAUGUUCUUCAUCUGCCUGGAGAUCCUGGUGUGUGCCAUCCACCCCAUCCCGGGGAACUACACCUUCACCUGGACAGCCCGCCUGGCCUACUCCUACGUGCCGUCUAAGACGGACGCCGACGUGGACAUCAUCCUGUCCAUCCCCAUGUUCCUGCGCCUCUACCUGAUUGCCCGUGUCAUGCUGCUGCACAGCAAGCUCUUCACGGACGCCUCGUCUCGCAGCAUCGGGGCGCUCAACAAGAUCAACUUCAACACACGCUUCGUCAUGAAGACCCUUAUGACCAUCUGUCCUGGGACCGUGCUGCUGGUCUUCACCAUCUCGCUGUGGAUCAUCGCCGCAUGGACCGUGAGAGCUUGUGAGAGGUACCAUGACAACCAGGACACCAACAGCAACUUCCUAGGAGCCAUGUGGUUGAUCUCCAUCACCUUCCUCACCAUUGGAUAUGGAGAUAUGGUCCCAAACACCUACUGUGGCAAAGGAGUGUGUCUCCUGACUGGCAUCAUGGGUGCAGGCUGCACUGCCUUGGUGGUGGCCGUGGUGGCCAAAAAGCUGGAGUUGACCAAGGCGGAGAAGCACGUUCACAACUUCAUGAUGGACACCCAGCUCACCAAACGAGUGAAAAACACAGCGGCGAAUGUUCUCAGGGAGACGUGGCUCAUCUACAAGAACACCAAACUGGUGAGGAAGAUGGACCACGCCAGAGUCCGGAAGCACCAGAGGAAGUUCCUCCAAGCCAUUCAUCAAUUGAGAAGUGUUAAAAUGGAGCAACGCAAGCUGAAUGACCAAGCAAACUCACUAGUGGACCUCGCCAAGACUCAGAACAUAAUGUACGACAUGGUGUCGGACCUGAACGAGCGAGGGGAGGACAUGGACAAGAGGAUUGCGUUGUUGGAGACGAAGCUGGAGACUCUGCUGACCAACUUGCAGGCUCUGCCAGGACUCAUCAGUCAGGUGAUCAGCCAGCAGCACAGGGACUUCCUGGAGGUGCAGCUCCAGCCUCGGGAUAGACACAGCCCCGAGUCGCGCCGCAGGUCUUCGUCCACGGUGCCGCCCACCUCCUCCGAGAGCAGCUAGGGUCCGCAGAAGGCAAGGCCUCCAUUUUUGCCAUCAUAUGGCCAAGUUGCAUUGAUCUCAAAGCCUUAUGGCUUCAAAAAGUAUUAUCCUUAUUCUGAUGACAGAAUCCAAGAUGGCGGAUAACACUUUGUGGCUUUCUAUUACCUCAGCGCUGCUUUCCUCGGUCGACUAGUGCACUAAAAUAGUGCUUCCCAGACUAGAGUGACAGCAGACCUAGAAUCCUUUAGAUCAUUUUGCAAAUAAUCCACGUACACGCUUCCGAGUCUCACACCGCACUUUUGUAUUAAUAAUCAAUAACAACCGAUAUCUAAUGACAUAUUUGAAUUGAUCAAAGGAGAUUUGGGCUUGGGUUUAUUUGUACUUCUUAUGAAUCCAGUUGGAGGUCCACCACCCUCUCUGAAAUACACAACCUGUCCACAGACUCAAUAGUGGAUCUUGUCUUGCUGUGUUUCCACUUCCUAUCCCCUCGGCUGGACGAACUCGCUGAAACCGAAUCUACCUUAAAGAAAAGUACUAUUUUUGUAUGUUUUGAUGAGGACAAGUUUAACAAUAAUCAACAACAAGCAGAUUCAGCGUACCAAGCAUGAGAUUUUCACCUACAUACUUCCUGAAUAUGGAAUAAAAGCCAAGCAAUCUAAGAAGGAAUGUGUUCUGGACUCACCCCACACACACAAGUUGUAUCAUUCAUCAAAUUGCAUUUUUUUUUACAGGUCAAGAUUUUGGUGAGUUGUAUGCAUAAGCAAAAAUUAUAAAUGUGACUGGCAACCGAGCUCUGAU